AAUGUCAUCAUUCUUCCUGCUUGCAUUUGCCAGUGAGGGAGGAGCAGGGAAACAUUUCCCACAAUGCACUGCUGUCAGAAAACAAUAGUUCUUCUUGAGUUAGCGUUUUGCAGCAAUUUACGGAUCUUGUCGCAGUGUAACGAUGGCUGAUUGACAAUAGAAAGAGUCUGCUCAUCCUGAUAAUUACACCUCCAUCUUUCUGUCCCUCCCAGACUGGCCUUUGUCCCUGGACCUGAUCUUUGAGCCUGCACUGCUUUCAGACUUUUGGCUUCAUUGAUGCUUCGUAAAACUUUGGCAUUGACAGUUGAUGUAAAACUUCCCAGACAGUGAAGUAACAAGUUGUUAUCCUGAGCUUUGAUGUCAUUCAGCAUUUCUUCCCUCUACUUGCUUGUUUUUUUAUCCAACUGUCAACCAGUUAUUAUGUGCUGGUGAAUGAUUAACUACAGGCAGAACUGAAACACAGAGACAAAGGUGACAACAGAAGUAAGACUGAGCUGCGGGACGGUCAAGGAAAAGCAGAGAGAGAGAGAGAGAGAGAGAGAGAGAGCGAGCAGGCGGUUCAUUUCAAUUUGAGCGUGGUGUGGUCACACUACAGCCACAGCUCAGCGCGUCAGUCAGACGAGCUUGGCUCAGGUGAUGUUAUCUGAUGCGACAUGGAGCCGCUGUCCUCUCUGCUGUCCAGCCUGCAGAACCAGGACCCAGGGAAACUGGAGCAGGAGUACAACAUGGUGCGUUCCCAGACACUGGCGUUAAAGAAGGAUCUGGGUCUGACGACUGAGGCCGGAGCGCUGAAGGAAAACAUCAGGAAGAACAGAUACAGAGACAUCCUGCCGUAUGACCAGUCUCGGGUUCUGCUGUCGCUGCCGACCACGGACACGGAUGCGGAUUACAUCAACGCCAGCUUGGUCAAGGGGGCGUCAGCAGGCAACGGCUACAUCGCCUCCCAGGGGCCCCUCAGCUCCACCGUCAUCGACUUCUGGAGGAUGAUCUGGCAGUAUGACGUCAAGGUAAUAGUCAUGGCCUGCAGAGAGAUGGAGCUGGGAAAGAGGAAGUGUGAAUGUUACUGGGCUCCGCUGGACCAGUCGACUGCGUUUGGACCCUUCACAGUCCAGAAUCAGGAGGAAACACAACCUAAUGACCAUGUGGUGGUCAGACGUCUGACAGUCACCUUCCAGCAGACCAGCCGUACUGUGAUUCAGUACCAGUUCCUGUCGUGGCCGGAUCAUGACGUUCCCUAUGAGGCCACAGGGGUCGUGGACCUGCUGGACAGAGCCAGAACCAGCCAAGGCGAACACACAUCACCUAUGCUGAUCCACUGCAGUGCAGGCUGUGGGAGAACCGGAGUCAUCUGCGCUCUGGACUACAUCCACAGCCUGCUGGUUACCAAGCAGAUCACGUCAGACUUCAGCAUCAUGAGCAUUGUUCUGGGGCUCAGGAGACAGAGGCCGUCUGCAGUCCAGACCAAAGACCAGUACCGGUUCAUCUUCACAGCCGCCGCCUGCAUGUUGGAGCGAGCUCUGCAACGGGCCGAACCUCAGCUCUACUGCAACGUGUCUGAGCUGAAGAAACAAGAGAAGAAAAAAAACAACAAAUUUGCUUCCUCCACACAGAGAUCCUCGGAGCAGACUGACAUGAACGACACAUACGCUGUGGUCAACAAGCCCAAACACCCUCAGCCUCCUGCGGACUCGGCCCACUCAGUGGCGCUGCCCAGACAGAGCAGGUCGCUGCCCUCGACCCACCACUACGAUAACGACUGUGUGGGACCACCGGCGGCUCCAAUCUACAGCACCGUCAAACCCAGAACCGGAAGGCACGACACCGCGGCCCUGUCUGAUCGCAGCUCGGUACCAGACCACACAGACUAUGAGCUGCUGUCAGCUGAGCAUCGCCUGUCAACAGAUGACGACUAUGAAGACGUGUCCAACAGCAGCACCGGCAUAGGCUUUAACUGUCGUAUUCAGAAACCCAGAGGACCCAGAGAUCCUCCGGCAGAGUGGAGCCGACUGGAGAGAUGAACUGGUUUCACUGGGCGCUACCGGUUCACGUCAGACAAUCAGUGUGUGGUCUCGUCUAAGAGCAGAUCUGUCUGUUUAAUAAAUGUUUACACUCACAUCA